AUGGCUUCUUCUUCGUUGUUGUCGUCGUCUUUGCCUCCGGAAGCAGAAGUACAUAGAAACUGGGCGGAUCUUCCUCCUGAACUGACGUCGUUAAUUCUACAGCGUCUUAGCACGAUUGAGAUGGUGGAAAAAGCAGAAAAGGUGUGCAGUGCAGCUCGUGGUGCAGCGUCUGUAAAGACCCCUCGUUGUGGCGUAAAAUUGAGAUGUGUGCCCUAG